CAGACGCUGGCAGAGAUGGCAGGCAUGAUGACAAGUCUUCUCCUUUUGCUGUUGGCCGGUGUGACAGUGGGCAGAGUGGUGGAUCUGCAGAAGAGAAUCAUCAGAGGUAAAACAUGUGCUGCUACUGAACGUCUGUACCAUGUGCAGCUGAUUGAUGAGAACGGGGAACUCGUGUGUGGUGGAUCACUGAUCAAUAAGGAUUGGAUUCUGACUGCAGCUCAUUGUGUGAGUAGCACGAGGAUGGCAAUUCUAGCUGUGCAUCAACUUGGCAAAGUAAAAACAGUUAAUAUCAAUAUCAACCAUGCUGAAAUAUAUAGAGACGAUAUAGGGACCCAUGACAUCGCGCUGGUGAAGUUACCUAAAGCUGAGAUGGGAUUUGAAAUUGUAUCACUUCCUGACUGUGAAAAUCCUCCCCAAAUAGGUAAAACAGUUCAGAUUGCUGGUCACGGAGCCACAACGGCAGACAAACAUGGGAACAACGUGGGCGGCCCUGAGUCAAAAACUCUCCAAUGUGCAAACACCGAGGUUGUCAUCUGUCCCCCCGAAAGCUGUUCAUAUGCCACAAAUGAAUACGCUGGUCGUGAAGUGGUCUUCUGUUUCAAAAGAAAUCAAGUGGAUAUAAGUGAUGGGGACUCUGGUGGAGGAGUGAUGUUCAACUGCAUGAUUUACGGAGUGAUUGUUCGCGGUUUUGAUGAGGCUUGUACUGGACCAGGAACAGCUAUGAACGUCUGUAAAUACAAAGACUGGAUCGAACGCAUUACCAAACGUAAAUUUCCAAUAGAUUACAUUUUGAAAGAAACUGCCGUUUAACAGACAUGUAUUAACAUGUAUU